AUGGAUGCAGUGACCUAUGAUGAUGUGCAUAUCAACUUUACUCUGGAAGAGUGGGCUUUGCUGAAUCCUUCCCAGAAAAGCCUCUACAAAGAUGUGAUGCUUGACACGUACAGGAACCUCACUGCAAUUGGCUACAGUUGGGAUGACCAUAAUAUUGAAGAAAUUUGUCAAAGUUCUAGAAGCCAUAGAAGGCAUCUUCAAAGAACACAUACUGGAGUGAAAACCCAUGAAUGUAAUCAAUGUGGUAAAGUCUUUGAAAGUCAUGGUCACCUUCAAAUACAUAAAAAAACACAUACUGGAGGGAAACCCUGUGUAUGUAAUCAGUGUGGUAAAGCUUAUUCUCGAGUCAGUUGUCUCCAAAUACAUAAAAGAACAUAUACUAGAGUGAAACCCUAUGAAUGUAAUCAAUGUGGUAAAGCUUUUGCAACUUGAGGUGUGCUUAAAAGACAUAUAAGAACACAUACAGGAGAGAACCCCUAUGAAUGUAAUCAAUGUGGUAAAGGUUUUUCAAGUGGUGGUGAGCUUAAAAGACAUAUAAUAACACAUACAGGAAAGAAAUCCUAUGAAUGUAAUCAAUGUGGAAAAGCAUUUUCACAAUACUCUAGACUCCAAAUACAUAAAAGAACACAUACAGGAGAGAAACCCUAUGAAUGUAAUCUAUGUGGUAAAGCUUUUUCACAACGUAGCAAUCUUGUAGCUCAUGAAAGAACACACACUGGAGAAAAACACUAUAAAUGUUAUCAAUGUGGUAAGACCUUUUCAACAGCAGGUAGUCUACAAACACAUAAAAGAAUACAUACUGGAGAGAAGCCCUAUGCAUGUAUCCAGUGUGGUAAAGCAUUUUCACAAUGCUCUAGACGCCAAAAACAUAAUAAAACACAUACUGGAGAGAAACCCUAUGAAUGUAACCAGUGUGGUAAAGCAUUUUCACAACAGUGCAAUCUCGCAGCUCAUAAAAGAAGGCAUACUGGAGAGAAACCCUAUGAAUGUCAUCAAUGGGGUAAAGCCU